CUCUCUCACCAUGCUAUUGACGAGCUUUGAAGCGGCUUGUGCACCUUGCGACGACCGAAGACCAGGAGGAGGCCUGUCAACUAUUAUUCAAGGUCGACUCUCCGAGGCAACGACGACCCGGAGCGGCACCGUAAAUAUCCCACGACAGAUAGAUCUCCAGCGGUCCCCGACCUUGCUGUUCCGGGCCUCGCUCGACGCUUUCCGCCCAUAUGUCUUCCGUCGCCUUCAAUGUCCCGCCAGGCUGUGCGGAAUACCUCCGAACCAUCUCUCCGGCGGCACGAUUGGCGUUCCGCUACAGCAGCGCGGGCUGCCGGUCGCUGGACCAGGCCCAUCCGCGGAACGUUGUGGCGACGCAUUUCGCCCGCUUGCCAUUGCGUUCUUAAGGACCACCAUGCGGGAUUCCUCACUGUAAUAUUAUGAAUCCCGCCGCAAUGGCCUCUACUGGGUCUUUGGAAGACCAUACCACGACGAAUUCCGUCCAGCUUGACCAACUCGACUCUGCAAAGUCGCUACCGAAAGAGAAGCCCGAUGUUGAGGCGGACGUCUCGCAGUCUCUGGAUCACAUACCCGAUGGCGGGAUGCAAGCAUGGUGUGCCACCAUUGGCGGGGCGUUCAUAUCGUUCUGCACGUUCGGGUAUGCGAGCUCAUUCGGAGUCUUCCAAGACUACUACGUGCUCGCAGGUACCUCUACGUCGUCCAACAUCAGCUGGAUCGGCUCUCUGCAGCUUUGCCUCAUCUUCCUGGUGGGCUUCCCCGCCGGGCGACUCUUCGACGCCGGCUACUUCCACUCGGAACUCCUCUUCGGGAGCAUACUGUAUCUCUUCUGCCUCUUCAUGCUCUCCCUAGCAGACCCAACGAAAUACUACCAACUCCUCCUCGCACAAGGCAUCGGCAUGGGCGUCGGCGGCGGGUUCAUGCUCGUGCCCGCUCUCUCGCUCCAGGGCCAUUACUGGAAGAAGCGGCGGAGCAUGGCGCUCGGUCUCGUCGUCACCGGCUCCGGGUGUGGCGGCAUCAUCUUCCCCAUCAUGCUGAAUCGCCUGAUCAGCGGCGCCGACGCGGUAGGCUUCGCAUGGGGCGUGCGCGCGUCGGGGUUCUUGUCCUUCGGCCUGCUGGUGAUCGCUCAGCUCUUGAUGCGGACGCGGGUGCCUGGGGCGAAGGAGAGGGCGGAGCAGCCGAAGCCGGACAUAUUGGGGUCGUUGACGGACCCGUCAUUCGUGUUCACGGUCUUCGGAGUGUUCCUUGUGUACUGGGGAUUGUUCAUGCCCUACUUCUACCUGCAGCUCUGGCUCAAUCUGCAUGGGCUCUCCAGUACCCUGGCUUUCUAUACGAUCGCCAUCCUGAAUGCCGCCUCCGUCCCAGGGCGGAUCAUCCCAAAUGUACUCGCCGACUAUUUCGGAACCCUCAACGUCGUGAUCCCCGUCUCCCUAACAAUGGGUGUGCUCGUGUUCGUCAUGUUCGGCGUGACAAACACCGCCGCUGUCAUCAUCUUCUCGAUCUUGUACGGGUUCUUCUCGGGCGGAUACAUUGCCCUUGUCCCGAGCGUGUUCGCCGUGCUGGCAAGUAGACCUGAAGAGCUUGGAAUCCAGAUGGGCCUUGGCUACUGCUUUACCUCGCUAGCCAUGCUGACUGGGUCGCCCAUCGAUGGAGCACUCCUCGGGCACGGCACCAUUCUGCACUGGCCCAAGCCUAUCGUGUUCAGCGCGGUCGUGAUGAUCCUUGGUUCCGGGGUCACUUGUAUCGGGAGACAUUUCCUCGUCGAAAAGAAGGGGACGAAGUGGACGUAGAAGCGCUCAGGAGGCUACUCACACGACGUGGCAACGUAAACUCACGACUCACGACUCGCCAUAGACUUCUAGACCACCACUAUAGUAGUUGUCUUGUAUGAUACCGAUAGGACAGUAGUACUCGCAUACUAAUGAAUGUCCAACAGUCUCGUCCCUGUCCGAAGGGCCGCUCGCCUGCAAGAGUCUGCCAUACUACUACUAGAUUCUGCUUCAGCCUUGAUGCAUGCUCGCUCGCAAGGAUAUGUAUCAGCAAUCCGUGAGUGAACCCCAGUAAUCUACAGCGUGCUCGCGGUCUGUACCUCCGACGGCUGACACGCGCCGACUGGAGCGUGCCCGACCCGUCAAUGGUACAGACUGCACAGGCAUCACAAGAUUUCUAC